AUGAUCAAAAUUCCCCAAAACUCCAAAAAGAACUCCCUCUUCAGUCCUAAAAGAACCCUUCUCUUCAGCCCACAGCCAAGAAGAAAAAUCUCCAACCGAUAUUUUGCCAGAAAUAGUUCUACAAGAAGAAAAUUGUUGGAUUAUUGUGGCAUGGAAGCAGCAGGAGGGUCAGGAAGGUCUAAACUAGCGAUGGGUGGUGUUUGACAGCAAGAGAUUGUAUGUGGGAAAUUGAGGGAGGUGCCAAAAGAUAGUACUUAUGCAAGAAAGCCACUCAACCAGAAAAUAGAUUAUUUCUACUCCUCAAUUGAAGCUGACUCUCAUCUAAACUCCACUUCUUCAGCAUCUACGUACUACACGACUAAACCUGAGGAUCAAAAUCAAGAAUACAUCUGUGGUUUAGGAGACGAAAGAAACUGGUCACUUAUUGCCAAGAAAAUACUUAGCAAUGAUUGUCAGGAUUAUAAUCAUUUUAUGCAGAAUUUCAACAAGAAAGCUCCAGUAUUUCCUUCAGAUUUAUCGACCCAAAAGAGUCGUUUAAGUAAUCAGGAGUUGAAAGAAGGUCUUAGCUUGAAGUAUCUGAUGGAUCAAUUACACGCGAAGUUGAGUUUGAAAAAUAAGAAACUGGCACAAAUUGGACCAGAUGAUAGCGAAAAUUCUAACUUAUUAAUGCCUGUUCUUAUAAGACCUUCAAGAACUCACGUUACUGAAGACUCAGCAGAUGAAUAUGAACGAUGAAUAACCCAUAUCAGAGAUUACUUAAAACUUAAUAAGUCUAAAAAGAAGAGGUUGACUAGGAGGAAGGGCAAGAAAUACAUACUCCGAGGCAGAUCAAAGAAUAGAAUAGUGUAUGAAAUCUCCCGUGGAGAGGUUAGAAGGAAGGUACUCCAGAAAAGAGUCCUUAGUGAAUCUUAGACACUCAGAUACAGUUUAU